UAUUAGUGUUGCAAUUAAUAUAAAACGACCGAAAAUGGAAAGUGUUGCAACUAAUGCGAAACGGAUGGAGUAUAUUUUCAUUUGUUUUAUCAUUUUUAGCUCCUUAUAUGUAUCCCUAAGGGCUAUGUAUAACAUUUGGUCCAAAAUUGAGAUUAAUAAAAAAAUUUCCUUACACAAAAAAAAAAAAAAAAAAAAAAAAAAAAAAAAAAAAUUAAAUAAAUAAAAACAAUAAAAAGGGUGAGGUCACAUAAUCUUACCCUUUACGUUACAACAACUCCAAUUCACAAUUCCCAAAACAUACCCACUCUACUCCGAACGUACUGCCUACUGCCUAGAGAAGAAAUAUCGGAGUAUACUAGUAAAAGAAAAAGGGGCUACCUAAUUAAACUAAACCCAGAAAGAGUUAAAAUCAAAGAUCCCAAAUUAAAUAAUUGAAAAAAAAAAAAAAAGCACUGUAGAACAAUUCAUGGUGCUUGAUCAAAAUAAGAGAACCCUUCAAAAGACAAUCCAACAGUAUCAAUGAGGAAAAAAAUUUAAUUGAAGGGCCAAUUCAAUUAAAUGAUGGCCUCUACUGUUUCUUUUCUUCAUCUUUGCACACUUUUCCUCAAUAUUUCCGACAAUAGACAUUUUCGUUGUUUCGAGCAAUAUGAGUAACAGGAGCUCUGUAAGAGUUCCGAAGAAGAGUAGUGGUUGUUGGAAUUGUCAGAGUAUAAUGCAGUGUUUCUGUUCUGGAGAACAGAUGAGAGUGGAUGAGAUCUUGAAGCGGUCUGAUUCACUUGAUGAUGUCCAGCUUAGGCCUGAUACUAUGAAUAUUGAAGAAGCCGAGUCAUCGCUUCGUGAAAGUGGUGGUCUUAACUAUGAGGAAGCAAGAGCGUUGUUAGGAAAAUAUGAGUAUCAGAAAGGAAACAUUGAACAAGCUGUACAGGUAUUUGAAGGGAUUAAUGUUACCUCAGUUACUCCCAAGAUCAAACUUGCUCUUGCCAGAAUUAGAGAUCGUCCAAAAAGGCGUUCUCAAAGUGAUCCGGCGCCACCAAUGUCACUACAUGCUGUUAAUCUAUUAUUUGAGGCCAUGUUACUAAAAGCAAAGUCAUUGCAGUCCCUUGGGAGAUUUAAAGAAGCUGCUCAAUCAUGCAAAAUUAUUUUGGACAUUGUUGAAUCUUCAUUACCAGCUGGCUUGCCUGAAAACUUUGGUAUUGAGUCUAAACUACAGGAGACACUAAUCAGGGCUGUGGAGUUGCUUCCUGAAUUAUGGAAAUUGGCUGAUUGUCCGCAGGAUGCAAUUUUGUCGUACCGAAAAGCCCUUCUGCAUUGCUGGAACCUUGACACUGAUACUUCUACCAGAAUACAGAAAGAGUUUGCUGUUUAUCUGUUGUAUAGUGGUGCUGAGGCAAGUCCACCAAAUUUGCGUUCUCAAAAGGAUAGUUCAUUUGUACCUAAAAGCAAUAUAGAAGAGGCUACUCUGCUGUUAUUGCUUCUGUUAAUAAAAGUGACAAGGCGACAAAUUGAAUGGGAUCCCUCAAUUGUGGAACAUUUAUCUUUUGCUCUAAGUGUUGCUAAUCAACCGCAGGCUUUAGCCUGGGUGAUAGAAGCAUUGCCUGCUGGGAUAAUUGAGAGAAAGGAUUUGUAUCACACUCUAGCUCUUUGUUAUAAUGCACAUGGUGACAAUUUUGCUGCUUUGAAUCUUUUAAGAAAGUUAUUGCAUCAUUCUGAGGAUCCAAAUCAUUUAUCUGGCCUACUAAUGGCAUCAAAAAUCUGCAGUGAAAGCCCUAGCUUGGCUGAGGAAGGGAUUACAUAUGCUCAAAGAGCUCUAGUUUACAAGGAGGAUAGGUGUAAUCAUACAGCUGGUCGUAUGUACUCUUUUCUGGGCGUGUCAUUUUCAGAGUAUGCUGAAUCCGCAGUCUCUGAUUCCGAGCGGGUUACAAGGCAGACGGAAGCUGUUCUGGCUCUGGAAUCUGCUGGGAAAUUGACAAAGUUUAGUGAUUCCAUGUCUGUGUACCAUCUAAGUCUACAAUAUGCUUUGCAAAGAAAGUUGAAUGCUGCAGCAUAUUAUUCUAAGAAAUUGCUGAAGUUGGAUGGCGGAACUAACAUUAAAGGAUGGCUGCUGUUAGCACGGAUUCUAUCUGGGCAAAAAUGUUAUGUUGAUGCAGAAACAGUUAUUGAUGCUGCUCUGGAUCAAAUUGGAAAAUGGGAUCAGGGAGAGCUUUUAAAUACAAAAGCUAAGAUCCAAAUUGCUCAGGGCAAUCUGAAAAAGGCCAUUGAGACAUAUAUGCAAUUUCUUGCCCUUUUACAAGUAAAAAAGAAGAGCUCUGGAUCCAGGAAGAGUCUUGAUUAUCACGAUCGGCAGUUAGAGCUGCAAACAUGGCAUGAUCUGGCAUGUAUAUAUAUCAGCUUGUCACAGUGGAAUGAUGCCGAGAUUUGUCUGUCUAAAGCCAAGGCCAUCAGUCCUACUAGUUCUUCCAGAUGGCACAUUUUAGGUUCAUAUAAUGAAGCAAAAGGUCUUUACAAGCAAGCUCUUGAUGCUUUCAACGCUGCUUUGAAUAUCGAUCCUUGUUAUGUCCCAAGCUUAAUCUCCUUAGCUAUGGUACUCAGGCGAUUCAGUUGUAAGCAUAAUUCAGUCAUUAGAACCUACCUAAUGAACGCACUCAAGCUUGACAGGACUAAUCAUGUUGCUUGGUAUAACCUAGGCCUGCUUUGCAAAGCAGAUAGUGAAUCAUCGGUUUCUGAUGCUGCAGAGUGCUUUGAAGCUGCUGCGUUUCUUGAAGAGACCGCUCCCGUGGAACCCUUUAGAUGACCUAAUAUGAUAAUGAACCUUGGUCGUGUAAGUGUAGUGCUUAUACUUCUCAUAACAUCAUACAUGGAUACCCUCUUAUUUCUUCAUCCUGCAAGUUUUUGGAAGAGCAAUAAAAGGAAAUGAUAAUUUUUUUUUCCCAGUAUACGUUUGUAAUACUUUGUAAAAUGGAUAGUCUUCUUCUGUAAAUAAUUACAUACUAUGGUUUAAGAAUUAGUGGACAUGCAAUUGUAAAGCUCAACUUCAGCUGUUGUGUCAUUCAAUGAUCAUCUCUCUCCCUCUUUUUUUUUUUUUUUUUUU